AUGGGCGCGAUCUCCGCCCCGACCACGCCCGCACCGCCCACCUUUCCCUUGCUCAUGAUCCCCGCACCAGCCACACCCGCGCCGCCCACCACUCACGAUCCCAACACCAUCCACGCCCGCGCCGCCAACCUGCCCAUUACCUACACAAAAAAAGAUGAAGACUCAAUGGUGAAUGUUCAGGAUGAGUUAGACAACUCUGAGAGGGCAACAGGUGCUGUCAUUAACAAGGACAAAACGCGUCUGAUCGGGUUUGGCAGUUGUGUUUUCCCAAUUGACAAGAAAAUUGCUAUGGAGAUUGACAAAACUAUUUUUAGAUAUGAAUGGUAUGGCAGAGACCAACCAAUUAAACGAACUACUCUAUGUAAAGGUGUUCCUCCCGAUGUCAUUUCCUGUACAGUUGUUACACUUUAUAUCUCGCCGCCAAUUUGCAGCAGUGUGCUCUCUGUAAUUGACGUGAAAGUUGGUGGCCACAAGAGCACAGUUGGUGGCCACAAGAGCACAGUUGGUGGCCAUAAGAGCACAGUUGGUGGCCAUAAGAGCACAGUUGGUGGCCAUAAGAGCACAGUUGGUGGCCAUAAGAGCACAGUUGUGGCCAUAAGAGCACAGUUGGUGGCCAAGAGCACAGUUGGUGGCCAAGAGCACAGUUGGUGGCCACAAGAGCACAGUUGGUGGCCAAGAGCACAGUUGGUGGCCACAAGAGCACAGUUGGUGGCCAUUGGUGGCCAAGCACAAGCACAGUUGGUGGCCAUAAGAGCACAGUUGGUGGCCAUAAGAGCACAGUUGGUGGCCAUAAGAGCACAGUUGGUGGCCAUAAGAGCACAGUUGGUGGCCAUAAGAGCACAGUUGGUGGCCAUAAGAGCACAGUUGGUGGCCAUAAGAGCACAGUUGGUGGCCAUAAGAGCACAGUUGGUGGCCAUAAGAGCACAGUUGGUGGCCAUAAGAGCACAGUUGGUGGCCAUAAGAGCACAGUUGGUGGCCAUAAGAGCACAGUUGGUGGCCAUAAGAGCACAGUUGGUGGCCAUAAGAGCACAGUUGGUGGCCAUAAGAGCACAGUUGGUGGCCAUAAGAGCACAGUUGGUGGCCAUAAGAGCACAGUUGGUGGCCAUAAGAGCACAGUUGGUGGCCAUAAGAGCACAGUUGGUGGCCAUAAGAGCACAGUUGGUGGCCAUAAGAGCACAGUUGGUGGCCAUAAGAGCACAGUUGGUGGCCAUAAGAGCACAGUUGGUGGCCAUAAGAGCACAGUUGGUGGCCAUAAGAGCACAGUUGGUGGCCAUAAGAGCACAGUUGGUGGCCAUAAGAGCACAGUUGGUGGCCAUAAGAGCACAGUUGGUGGCCAUAAGAGCACAGUUCGUGGCCAUAAGAGCACAGUUCGUGGCCAUAAGAGCACAGUUCGUGGCCAUAAGAGCACAGUUCGUGGCCAUAAGAGCACAGUUCGUGGCCAUAAGAGCACAGUUGGUGGCCAUAAGAGCACAGUUCGUGGCCAUAAGAGCACAGUUCGUGGCCAUAAGAGCACAGUUCGUGGCCAUAAGAGCACAGUUCGUGGCCAUAAGAGCACAGUUCGUGGCCAUAAGAGCACAGUUCGUGGCCAUAAGAGCACAGUUGGUGCCCAUAAGAGCACAGUUCGUGGCCAUAAGAGCACAGUUGGUGGCCAUAAGAGCACAGUUGGUGGCUAUAAGAGCACAGUUGGUGGCCAUAAGAGCACAGUUGGUGGCCAUAAGAGCACAGUUGGUGGCCAUAAGAGCACAGUUGGUGGCCAUAAGAGCACAGUUGGUGGCCAUAAGAGCACAGUUGGUGGCCAUAAGAGCACAGUUGGUGGCCAUAAGAGCACAGUUGGUGGCCAUAAGAGCACAGUUGGUGGCCAUAAGAGCACAGUUCGUGGCCAUAAGAGCACAGUUCGUGGCCAUAAGAGCACAGUUCGUGGCCAUAAGAGCACAGUUCGUGGCCAUAAGAGCACAUUUCGUGGCCAUAAGAGCACAUUUCGUGGCCAUAAGAGCACAGUUGGUGGCCAUAAGAGCACAGUUGGUGGCCAUAAGAGCACAGCUUGUGGCCAUAAGAGCACAGUUUGUUGCAAGAAAAGCACAGUUUGUUGCCAAAAAAUCACAGUUUGUUGCCAGAAAAUCACAGUUUGUUGCCAGAAAAUCACAGUUUGUUGCCAUAAGAGCACAGUUUGUUGCCAGAAAAUCACAGUUUGUUGCCAGAAAAUCACAGUUUGUUGCCAGAAAAUCACAGUUUGUUGCCAUAAGAGCACAGUUUGUUGCCAGAAAAUCACAGUUUGUUGCCAGAAAAUCACAGUUUGUUGCCAAAAAAUCACAGUUUGUUGCCAGAAAAUCACAGUUUGUUGCCAGAAAAUCACAGUUUGUUGCCAUAAGAGCACAGUUUGUUGCCAGUAAAGCACAGUUUGUUGCCAUAAGAGCACAGUUUGUUGCCAGAAAAUCACAAAAAGCAGAGUUUGUUGCCAGAAAAGCAGAGUUUGUUGCCAGAAAAGCAGAGUUUGUUGCCAGAAAAGCACAGUUUGUUGCCAGUAAAGCACAGUUUGUUGCCAGUAAAGCACAGUUUGUUGCCAGUAAAGCACAGUUUGUUGCCAGUAAAGCACAGUUUGUUGCCAGUAAAGCACAGUUUGUUGCCAGUAAAGCACAGUUCGUUGCCAGUAAAGUGCAGUUUGUUGCCAUAAGAGCACAGUUUGUUGCCAUAAGAGCACAGUUUGUUGCCAGAAAAGCACAGUUUGUUGCCAGUAAAGCACAGUUUGUUGCCAUAAGAGCACAGUUUGUUGCCAUAAGAGCACAGUUUGUUGCCAUAAGAGCACAGUUUGUUGCCAGAAAAGCACAGUUUGUUGCCAGUAAAGCACAGUUUGUUGCCAGUAAAGCACAGUUUGUUGCCAUAAGAGCACAGUUUGUUGCCAGAAAAGCACAGUUGGUUGCCAGAAAAGCACAGUUGGUUGCCAGAAAAGCACAGUUGGUUGCCAGAAAAGCACAGUUGGUUGCCAGAAAAGCACAGUUGGUUGCCAGAAAAGCACAGUUGGUUGCCAGAAAAGCACAGUUGGUUGCCAGAAAAGCACAGUUUGUUGCCAGAAAAGCACAGUUGGUUGCCAGAAAAGCACAGUUGGUUGCCAGAAAAGCACAGUUGGUUGCCAGAAAAGCACAGUUGGUUGCCAGAAAAGCACAGUUGGUUGCCAGAAAAGCCACUAUAUAG